ACAUUAAUUCUGUGGCGGUAAAGUAAUACGUGGAUGCUCCUAAAGACAAAGACCAUUACAAUUCAUUGUGGAUUCAGCCAAAGGAAUUAAAACAGAAAAAAACUCUCUUCUCUCGCUCUAUCUUUCGUACAUAAAAAUAAGGAUAUGAAAAUGAGAGUAGGUGUUUUUGUUUUUUAAUUUGCUUAAUGCAAGUGUGUGAUGAAAUAAACGGAAUAAUAUAUUUCCUGGAAAGUAGAGCAGCCUGUCUGCAAAGUCUGUGCAUACGAAAAAAAACAAAUUAAAGUCAAAAGGCAGAAGUUGGCAAAAUAUAAUUGCAUUAUACGCAUUGUUUUAUGGAAAAGAAAAUCCAAAGAAGAAAUGUGAAUAAUACAGAGAAUUAUGAAGUAGCAAUUGUUUCUUACAUGUAGUAUUUUUGUGUUAACAACUGGACUUGUAUACCAGGCUUUAUAAAAAAUUAAACAAAAACUAAAAGAAAAUGGAAAUGGUAAAUCUCAUGUGAAUUUUCAAAAAACAAAAUUGGAUUAGUGUUUGCUAGCACCUGGCGUGUUUAAAAAUAACAAGCGGAAACUAAAGUGAGAGUGGAUAUAAAAAAGUUUAUGUUGAUUACAUUGUUUUGUGUUUCUUUUUAUGAAACCAGAAAAGCCAUCAUCAGCCAUAAUUGCGUCAAGCAUCAAGCCAUCCAUCUAUCUAUGUUUUGAAAAACGAGUACUGCUCAACGACAACAAUUACUGUCAUAAUUACAAUCACUGUCAAUAAAGCAUUACAAAAAGCAGAAGGCAAAUUCUUAAUUCGAUUUAUUUGAUUGUCAUAAUCAAAUACACCAACAUGUCAUCCCUACGCCAAACCACCACGUCUUUGGUCAAACGCACUUCAUUCUCGGCCGCAGUAACACCAUCCGUAAUCACCCAACCGCCAGAGUCAAUGGGGGAAAUUGACAAAUCUCGUGCCUCUGCAGCAAACAAAAACGGUAAUAAUGCAACAUGGAGAAAUGCAGAUGUGCGUUCCUAUGAUGAAGUACCCGGACCCUGGGGCUUGCCUUUGAUUGGCAAUUCUUGGCGCUUUGCCCCACUCAUAGGUCAUUACAAAAUCAGCGAUCUAGACAAAGUUAUGAAAGAACUACACAUAAACUAUGGCAAAAUUGCCAAAGUUGGUGGUCUCAUAGGACAUCCGGAUUUACUUUUUGUAUUCGAUGGUGAUGAAAUUCGUAAUAUCUUUAAAAAAGAAGAAACAAUGCCGCAUAGACCCUCCAUGCCCUCUUUAAGACGUUAUAAGGGUAUUUUGAGAAAAGAUUUCUUCGGAGAUGUAGCUGGUCUAAUAGGCGUCCAUGGCAAAAGUUGGGAAUCAUUCCGGCAAGAGGUACAACAGAUUCUUCUACAACCACAAACAGCAAGGAAAUAUAUACCGCCUUUAAAUGAUAUAGCCAGUGAAUUUAUGCAAAGAAUACAUGAAAUGCGUGAUGAAAAUGAUGAAUUGCCUGGUAAUUUCCUGCACGAACUUUACAAAUGGGCUUUGGAAUCCGUGGGUCGUGUAGCAUUGGACACGCGCUUAGGAUGCCUAACGCCCCAGGGUAAUGAUGAAUCUCAGAAAAUAAUCAAUUGUAUUAACACAUUCUUUUGGGCCGUACCUGAAUUGGAAUUGCGAAUGCCAUUAUGGAGAUUUUAUCCUACAAAGGCUUAUAAAAGUUUCAUCAAAGCAUUGGACGAUUUCACCGAAAUAUGCAUGAGGAACAUAAGUCGCACCAUGGACACAGCGGAAGCAUGCAGUACGCAGAACAGAUCGGAAGCGGACAUCAGCAUUGUGGAGCGAAUUGUGCGCAAAACAGGCAAUCGAAAAUUGGCAGCCGUUUUGGCCUUGGAUCUUUUUUUGGUGGGUGUGGACACGACCUCAGUGGCAGUCUCCUCCACCAUCUACCAGUUGGCCAAAAAUCCUGAGAAGCAGCAAAAGCUCUUCCAAGAAUUGCAACGCUUGUUUCCCACACACGAAGCGGAAAUUAAUCAAAAUGUCCUUGAACAGAUACCAUAUUUAAGGGCAUGUGUCAAGGAGACCUUAAGAAUGUAUCCGGUGGUCAUUGCCAAUGGACGCAGUUUACAAUCGGAUGCCGUUAUUAAUGGCUACCACAUACCAAAGGGCACAAACGUCAUCUUUCCCCACUUAGUGGUAUCGAAUGAUCCCACAUAUUUCCCUGAACCUAAAUCAUUUUUACCGGAACGUUGGCUUAAGCAAAGCGAAAUAAACAAUGACAAUCCGAAUGCAAAUAGAUGUCCACAUGAUGGCCACAAAAUUCAUCCCUUUGUAAGUUUGCCAUUUGGCUAUGGGCGUCGCAUGUGUGUCGGACGACGUUUUGCGGAAAUCGAAUUACACACUCUACUGGCAAAGAUAUUCCGCAAAUACAAAGUGGAAUACAAUCAUGGCGAACUGGAGUAUAAAGUCAACUCAACCUAUAUUCCCGAAUCACCGUUGAAUUUUAAAUUAACUGUCAGAGAUGAAUAAAAUUUACAGGGCCCCAGAUACAGCACUUACACGAGCAGCUGCACACGACUGCCAACACAAUUUGAGUUGAUGCAAAGGAUGUGGACACAUGAAGCCAAUGCGAUGAUAUGGAUGUGUUGCCAUCUCACAUCCUCACAAAAAAAAAACGAGUAUUUAAAACACAUAAUUUAAAAAAGAACAUUUUGUAUCAUAAAUAAUUUAUAUAUGUACAUAUAAAGAAAACCAUUACCAAAUACAUUGAAGAUAUAUGCAGAUCAUUAAA